AUGAAAAGCUGCAAUAAGUGUUACGAGUUCUACCAACAGCAGAAACAAACACUGUUUCUCGCCGACCUUCUACUGUACCCCGGAGUCAACAGAGACAUUAUCGAGCUCUUGUUGCUCAAGUUUAAGGAUUCGACGUCAAUGAAAGCGAUGAUAUACCAGGACUUGUUUGAUCUUCUAGCUCAGAGGAAGCUCGACGUUUUUUGUGAUGCUAUAAAUCGAAUGGAAGAUGCGAACCUUCUCCAUAGAGAUACUGCCCAGAAGGUGUCUAAGAUUAACCUCGAUGAAUCCUUAAAUCCCGCUAACUAUGGUCUACUAGCAUCUGCAUUUGUGUCAGAAGUUUCCAUCUCCGGCGAACCCUUAAUGGCUGCUUCAUUUGCCGCUCAAUUUCUAGAGAUGGGGGUUUCCUUGGACAUGACUACUAUAGACAGCCUAAUUCUCAAUGUCUCACGGGUUUCAACGCUAGACCCCGCAUUAACCACUUUCACGAUAAAGAAACUUCUAAUAGUAUACGGGCACGAGAAGCUCUCACCAAAAGUGCUUUUAAACGCCCUCAUUUGCAUGCUCUCUGAGCCACACGUUCCUUUUUAUGCUAACAAUCUUUACGACACCAUCAAAGGCCCUUUGAAACACGAAAAGGAUCUUCCCUCGGUAAUGGUCAAGCUUAUAGGAGCAAAUAUCAACAAAGGCCAUUUGCUUCGAGCUGCCGACAUAUGGAAUGACCUUCUUAAUAUCUCUCAAGAAACAGCACUCAAGGAGAUCGAUUUGCUAGAUAAGCUACUUAAGAGACUAAUGGAAGAAGAUCUCAACAGAGCAUCUAUUUUCCUAGAAAGUGUUCCAUUCGAGAUGAAGACCGACAAGAGACUUAUCGAAAUAACGCUAAGCGUAUUGGGAAGAGCAGAAGGUAAAGAAAAAGAGUUCACAUCUCUUUCCAAACAGCUUGCUGCUCCAUUGUCGAGAAAAGCACUCUCUUCCCUCUUCGUCUCUUUCUUGUACCAUAAUAAUGAGGCUGCGUCCGACAAAUUGCUUCAGGCCAUUUUUAAGACUUCUUCAGGAUUGAGUGCUCUGGAUUUUGAAGCACUUAUUGUGAAGCUCCUCAAGCAUGACAAGUUCGAAAAAAGCAUCAGCAUGUGUGCUGCAAAUAACAUUACAGUGUCAAAACUUGGGCUCAUACGUGUUUUGGAAUACGUGCUACAGUAUGGCGAUCUGGAGCAAAGAGCGGACUUUUUGAAGCUCUUUUGUCGCCAAAUGAGGAAACUUAAGAAGUCAGAUCCAGCCUUGCACGUAUUUACAAAAGCUGUUAUGAGAUACCUUUCAAGCAAAGUCUCGAACAGUAUAAGCAGAACACUUUAUCUUUCAAAAGCUUACACUGAUUCCUCAAAGAAAGAUGCUGAAUUCAACUUUAAAAGACAAGGUUUGCCCGAGCUGUUUAAUGACCUCAUAUCUAUUGAUGACUACAACCGGAUCUCAUGUUUGAAUGUCAUAUACAGACAGGCCAUCAAGGAGGAAGAUCAGGUAAAUAUCAGCUGGUGCCUCAAGGAGCUCAGAUCCUUGGGUGUAUCAGUUAGCGAUAUUUUUGCACACUAUUUAAUCCCCGAAAAAGCUUAG